CCUCGUGAGGGGUGGUCGUGUUGUGUCGACAUUUUGCUACCCUGACGUGAUUGCACGCGACCGUUUGCAUUAUAUAACGCUUCGUGUGAUAAUUGUUUUGUGAGUCGGUUGCGACGAAAGGAUGUAUUGAGCGGCGUGAAGAAUGCGAAAGAAUUGUUCGUCGUCAUAAAUCCAAUAAAAAUGUGCGACAAUGCGUUACUACGGACAAUAUAAAGCAGUGAGAUCGUGUUCGAGUGUGAUGUGAGAGACAUUAUGACCAGUAGUAGCCGUUGGUUGGCGAUGUUGGCGGUGGUGGUGGCAGCUGGGGCGGUGAGGGGGUGGGAUUGUGUUUGCAAUCCGAGGGAGUGCGAGGCGUUGGAGCCCAGUGGAUGUCCUGGGCUUGGAAUCGUCGUUUGGGAUCCUUGCAGAUGCUGCAAGGUUUGCGCAAGGACACUAGGGGAAGACUGCGGUGGUUUCAGAGGGACUUGUGAACCGGGCCUCAAGUGCUACGAAGGUUCGUGUACGCCUAUAACGUGAACUAACUGAAACAAAACUUGUAUUAUAUGUGUAUAGUGUUGAAUAGAGAAAGAAACAUAUCCCCAGUCAACGUAGAAAACGAGAGGACCACACCUGGCGAGGAUAAGUAAAGAAUAAUUGGAACCUCACGAGACAUCUAGGCAUGUCUGUGACAAUAAAUUAGUGAUCGAAUAAGGGACACUUUUUCAUUGUAAGAAUUAUGGACAGAUAAAAAUGUACAUUGUAACUAUAUGGUUGCCGAUGCUUUGUAAAGAUUAUUUCUUUCGGAACGAGCGCAAAUUUCAUUUUAAUGUCCCAACUCCGCCUGUGGAGGAAACGAUAAAAUCUCCAGUUUUCUGUUCCCUCGUUAUGUUGCCAUUCAACUCUAUGAAAGGUUCUCGAGAAAUUUGUUUUGAAAAACAAACAAAGCAAGUAUCAAAAUAAUGUUGAAAUUUAUGUACUGUCAUUAAAAUUAAGCCUUUGAACUAAAGUUAUUGUAUUCGUUAUGGUAAUCAAAGUUAUUUAGAUUUCACAUUUUGUUUUGGCUGUUUAAAAUUUAAUUAAAUUUAUUAAUAAUAAUUUGUUAGUUUAUUUAUAAAUUAUUAAAUUUUACAAUUAUAUUUUAUGUAUUAUUGUACACAAAAAAAUCUAAGGAAGUGGAAUAAAAAUAAAAAAAUCGAGUCACAUUUUGACUUUCAUAAUUACAACAAUAAAGUAAUUUGUAUCAAAAUAAUUCUUCUUAAAACUUACAUAUUAUUAUUUAUUGUACAAAUUAAAUUUAAUUAUCUAAUUUAUUUUUAUAAUUAUUAUCACUUCAUUUGUAUAUUUUUUUCCGCAAUUACUAUGUAUAACAUAUAAUUAUAUCAUAAUGAAAUUGUUAAUCAAAACAUUUAUAUACAUUAAUUAAAAUGAUGGAAUUUGUUACUGUUGGUUUUUAGGUGUCAGGAUUAAUAGUAUGGUUAGCAAGUGAAAAAAAAAACAACAAUUGUAAUUAACAAUUUAUCUAUAUUUCUGUGUGCUUCCAGGUUACAUGUAGUUAAAAAGCAAAAAUAUAAUGUUUAAUAUUGUACGUACAAGUAAAAAAAAAACAAUUAAAAAAUUCUUAGUUCUGUAAAUAUUAUCUGAUUAGCAUUUUUAUCUUGUAGAAUAAUACAAAAAUAAAGUAGUUAAAUAGUAUAUACUAGAAUAAAAAAGUAGGAUGGAUUCAUUUUGUAUAUCCUAUCUGGUCGACUUUAGUUACAAUUUUCUAAAAUGGCAGUAAAUAUUUUCUUAAUCAUAAUAUAACCUAUUUUAGAUAUUCAUAAAUAGUAAUUAAGUAAUAUAUUUAUUUUAUAAUAAAAACUAAUUUAUUUUACUGUCGUAAUUAAUAGCAAUAAAAA